AUGCCAUCCGAAGAGGUCCGCGAACCCGUCCACUUCCCGGACGGCUCGCACGCACGAUCGCCGCCCUCAACCGCCACGUCCUCCAUACACGCCACCGAUGGUGCGCAGCCCCGGCCAAACUACAUCAAGAAACCGUCCCUCCACAUAAUGUCCACGUCCACCACGUCCACCACCACGGACCUGGUGACCAACCCGAUCCUGAGCAACAUCUCUAUACCAAAGAUCAGCCCGCCUGCGUCGUUGUCGGGCGCCAGCAGUGCCAGUACCAGUGCUAGUGCGGGUCACGUGACCGUGGAUCGCACUGCGCACGCCAAGGCCAGCUCCAGUAAGAAGGGCACGCCCGCACAGGCCACCGGUAGAGUGCCCCCCAACGCCAUCAAGAGGCACCCUAGCCGCUUCAAGCCCGCGCACGCGCUGCAGCUGCCCAUCAAGAACGACUCCAACCUGAAACGGUCCAGCAUCUAUGCGUCCAAGUCCACCGUCACCGCCAUCCCCAUCAGGAAUAGCCGCCCAAUGUCCAUGCAGAACUCGUACGCACGCACCCCAGACAGCGACCACGAUGACGGUGACGAGGCCUCCUCCAUAAAGAGCGCCUCUUCUUCGCUGACCGCGUCCUUGUCGAAGAGCUUUCUGUUCGCGUUCUACAACAACCGCAAGAAGGACAAGAUCGCCAACAAUGGCGUGCUCUCGAAGGAGUACUGGAUGAAGGACGAGAGCUCCAAGGACUGUUUCAGCUGCGGCAAGACCUUCAACACCUUCCGGAGGAAACACCACUGCAGGAUAUGCGGCCAGAUCUUCUGCAGCAACUGCACUCUCCUGAUAGACGGCAACCGGUUCGGCUGCCACGCCAAGAUGCGGGUGUGCCACAACUGCUACGAGCACGCAGACACGUAUGAGGACUCCAGCGACGAGGAGAACGACUCCGCCGUCCAAUUGAACGAGCCGGCCUCCCGCUCUCGCUCCCGCUCCUCGAACUCCAAUUCAUAUUCGCAUUCGCAUUCGCACCUGCACCUCCUGUCACAAGAGACCCACAUCAACGCCGACCACCAUCUUCACCACCACCACCACCACCAUCUUCAUCAUGACCCGGUGACAGCAGCCGCCAACCCUCAGCAGCAGAACGAGGUCUACUUGUUGAACGACGAUGACGUGCAAAGCAUCAUGACCUCGGGCGAGGACUCUAAACUGUUCAUUUCGACGCCGCCCCCGCCACCCAAGAUGGCCAUCCCGGCCACCAAGCAAGGCGGCUCGUUGGAGAUCUCGUUCGACUCGGAAAACAAUAGACCCCUGCAUCACCAGGACGAUAAACCCGCGCGUCAUCAUCAUCAUCUCGAGUCCGCACCCACUAGGUACACCAUCAGAGACAUGGACAACAUGUCGCACUACGACGCAAACUCAAACUCUACCCUGAGGCCCCACUAUAGCACCAACAACAGCACCAUCACUGUCAAUAACGCCGGCAACACCAGCUCCAUCACCACCCCCAACAACCACAACAACCCCGCGCAUUCUUUGAGGAGAUCACUCUUCCACUACGUAAGUAGCAGUAGCAUCAACAAGGACAGUGCCAAUAGCUCUGCUAGUCUCACUAAACCCGCCUCGUCCACCCAAUCCUCUCCUAUGCUGGACUCUGCCAAUCGUAUCAUCGGAAACUAUGCUCAUAGAAACUAUAAGUUUAAAUUUAACUACAACGCCAAGGACCGCUCGCAACAAAACAGCACUGGCAACAACAGCAACGAGAACAAUAACGCUAUCAAUCUCAACAGCAACAACAGCAACAACAACAACAGCAACAGCAACAGCAACAGCAACAGCAACAGCAACAUCAUCAUCAUCAGUAGCAGCAGUGGUGGCGGUGAUGGUAUUGAUGACAGCAGUAAUACCACCUCAAACAACAACAGUACCACUUUCGCACUUAACAGAAAGAAAAAAAAUCCGUUGACAAAGUCCAAAUCUACGUCCACUUAUCAGGAAUACCCCCUGAACGAGGAAGACUCUUCGGAAGACGAGGGCUCUAUGUCCAUAUACUCAGUCCUUAAUGACGUCCAUAAAACAGAUAACCCAAUCAGAUCGAUGAGGAAUUCUACCAAGUCCUUCCAAAGAGCGCAGGCCUCACUACAGAGAAUGAGAUUUAGAAGGAAAAGUAAAAGCAAACAUUUCUCCAGUAACUCCAAAAGUUCCAUUUACAGAGACCUUAAUUUUUUAACCAACAGCACGCCCAAUUUACUCUCUGUGGUGAGUGACGACAAUAUAUACGAUUGUUCUUCACCUUUGCAAGACAAGGGUUCUUCAUCGGCCAUCAGCGGAAGCAAUGAUAGGAAAUUUAGCAAUGACUGCAGUAGUAACAACAACAGCACUAGUAGUAGCAAUGUGAACUCUGAUCCUUGGAAAAGGAUCGCUAGUAUAUCCGGGUUCAAGUUGAAAAAGGAGAAGAAAAGGGAGUUGAACGAAGUGUCUCUUUUGCAUAUGCAUGCACUACUGAAACAACUUUUGAACGACCAAGAGAUUUCUAACCCUCAAGAAUGGAUCACUCUGCUGGAUGGCGCCUUGCGUAAAGUUCUAAGAACAAUUUUGAAUGCAAGAGAGCUGAAUACUCUGGACUACAGACAAACGUACGUGAAAAUAAAGAGAAUCAGUGGGGGUUCCCCUCAAAGUUCGGAAUAUAUUGACGGGGUGGUCUUUUCGAAAGCAUUGCCCUCAAAGACCAUGCCUCGUGUUUUGAAGAAUCCAAGGAUUCUAUUAAUCAUGUUCCCCUUGGAAUACCAAAAGAAUAACAACCACUUCCUCAGUAUAGAUUCGGUUUUCAGGCAAGAGCGUGAAUACUUGGAUAAACUCGUUUCUAGGUUGAAAUCUCUAAAUCCAGAUAUUAUUUACGUCGGCGCCAAUGUAAGCGGGUAUGCGUUGGAGCUAUUAAAUGAUUCCAGAAUUGUCGUACAGUUUAACAUGAAACCGCAAGUAAUUGAAAGAAUUGCCAAACUAACCGAGGCAGAUAUCGCCAUUUCUGUGGAUAAGUUGGCAACCAAUAUCAAGAUGGGUGAGUGUGAAACAUUCGAAGUUAAAAGCUAUAUUUACGGUAAUGUUAGUAAGACUUACACUUUUCUUCGUGGUUGCAAUCCAGAACUGGGCGGCACGAUCUUAUUGAGAGGUGACAAUCUAGACAACUUAAGAAAAAUCAAACAGGUUUCUGAAUUUAUGGUCUACGCAAUUUUUUCAUUGAAAUUGGAAAGUUCGUUUUUUAACGAUAAUUUUAUUCAACUUUCCACAGACGUUUAUUUGAAAAGAAUGGAAUCUAAAAAAUUGCAAACUGUCAAAGGUUAUUUUGCAGAUUUCUUGAUUAAAUUCAAUAAUAGAAUUUUGACUGUGUCACCAACGGUGGAUUUCCCUAUUCCCUUCCUUUUAGCAAAGGCCAGAGGGUUAGAAAAUAAUCUACUGCAAAGGCUCAACCAAUAUGAGAGUGAAGCUGAUUUGGAUCCGCAAACUCGACUGGAUAUGCUACAAGGUUUGGAAUCCACCAUCACGAAAAAACAUUUAGGAAACUUGAUAAAAUUUCUGCACGAAACGGAAAUCGAAACUUUGGAGCUAGAAUUCCAAAAAAGAAGUCGUCAAUGGGAAGUUUCAUAUUCUUCAUCGUAUAAUUUGCUCGGUACUGGAUCACACCAAUCCAUAACGGUUCUUUAUUCAAUGGUUUCGACAAAGACCGCCACACCUUGCGUUGGCCCUCAAAUUGUUACUAUUGACUAUUUUUGGGAUAGUGAUAUUUCCAUUGGACAGUUUAUCGAAAAUGUCGUGGGCACCGCAUGGUAUCCCUGUCAGCAAGGUUGUAAUGGUUUGUACCUAGAUCAUUACAGAAGUUACGUUCAUGGCUCAGGGAAAGUGGAUGUCCUGAUCGAAAAAUUCCAAACCAGAUUACCCAAAUUAAAAGACAUAAUUCUCACUUGGAGUUACUGUAAGAAAUGCGGGACGUCCACUCCUAUUUUGCAGAUCAGUGAAAAAACCUGGAAUUAUUCCUUUGGAAAAUACUUAGAGGUUAUGUUUUGGAGUUACAAAGAUAGUGUGGCAGGGAUUGGAAAAUGUCCGCAUGAUUUUACCAAAGAUCACGUUAAGUACUUCGGCUACAAUGACUUGGUAGUUCGGUUAGAGUAUUCCGAUUUGGAGGUCCAUGAGUUAAUAACACCACCACGUAAAAUAAAAUGGAAACCUCAUAUUGAUAUAAAAUUGAAAGUGGAAUUAUAUUAUAAAAUUUUGGAAAAGAUCAACAAUUUCUAUGGGAGUGUUUUAAACCGUUUGGAACGUAUUAAACUGGACAGUAUGAGUAGAGAUAAAGUUCUAAGUGGACAGGCUAAAAUUGCUGAAUUGAAAAAUAAUGCCACAGAGGAGCAAAAACUAAUGCUGCAGGACUUGGAUACUUUCUACGGCGAUAGCCCUUGUGACCAACAUUUGCCACUCAACUUAGUUAUCAAAUCUCUAUACGAUAAAGCUGUUAACUGGGACUCUACGUUUGCAAUAUUCGCAAAAAGCUAUUUGCCUUCUGAAACUGAUAUUAGCCGUAUCACAGCUAAACAAUUGAAAAAACUAUUCUAUGACUCUUCAAGAAAGGAAAGCGAAGACAAAAAAUCCCUUCAUGAUGAAAAGAUGAAGACUAUCAAACUUGAAAGGAUCGAACCCCCUUCUGACGAAUUAAAAGAUAUUGGGAAAUUCAAAACGGAUGACAAGGACGAGAGUGACAACACUGAUACGAAGAAUGAUACGAAGAACGAGCUACAGAUUGAAGUUAUUCCAGCCAUUUCGAAAGAUGCUAUCCCAAAUAUUCCGGUAAGUGGUACUAACCAUGUGCCAGUUACACCCUCCGCAUCUUCUAUUCAUUCUUCUUCGACCCCUCAAGCAGAUGAUCGUCCGUCAAUGAGCAGAAGUGGAACAGGUACAUCUGUGACCUAUGAUAAAACUAAUAGGCCUAAUUUGAGGAAAAUGAGCAGUGAUAGCAGUUUAUUUGGAUUAGCAUCGCUCGCUACCGAAUACAGUAAAAAUAACAAGGUGGGCAAGCUAGCCACAUUUUUCGAUCAAAUGCAUUUCGAUGCUCUAUCCAAGGAAUUUGAACUGGAACGUGAAAGAGAAAGACUACAACUUAAUAAGGAUAAAUAUCAAGCCAUAAGGCUACAGACAUCGACACCGAUCGUAGAGAUUUAUAAAAACGUUAAAGACGCUGUUGAUGAACCACUUCACUCUAGAAGUUCGGGCAAUAUUGUGGCAGCUCCGAAUGUAAAAGGUUCAGAAGUUCUAACAGGAGAACAUUCCCGGAACAGCCACUCCAAUCCUCCCAAUUUGGAUCAAAAUUUGGAAACUGAAUUAGAGAACUCUAUCAGCCAAUGGGGAGAGAAUAUAUUAAACCCUUCUGCAAAGACUCACUCUACUACGCAAACGAUCCCUAAGCCGAUGGUUAGAGAAACAUCAGACAAUCCAAAAUCGGAACCCCUUCCGCCUGUAAUAACAGCAACAACUGUCAAUAAGGUGCAAUCUACGCCACAACCAGAAAAGUCACUAUUGAUGAAAACUUUAAGCAAUUUCUGGGCUGAUAGGUCUGCAUAUUUAUGGAAACCUCUUGUUUAUCCAACCUACCUCACAGAACAUGUCUUUACUGACAGCGACGUUAUCAUUCGGGAGGACGAACCAAGCUCCUUGAUCGCAUUUUGUCUGAGCACUUCGGACUAUAGAAAUAAAAUGACGAAUUUGAAUGCUCAGCAACAACAUCAACAAACAGCAGAACCUGUCACGUCUAAGUUCGGAGAAAACACGGGAGGGAAUGUCCAAAAUCUGGAUCCUUCUGCAAAUAUUUCCCCAUCAGUUUCUCGUACUUCCCGUAAUAAAGGAAAGGAUUCAGAGAUUUCCUCGGUUGCCACCGGAAAGGAUGGUUUGAUUAGCUCUUACACCAUUGACGGUACGCAUGAUAAAACACCACAAGCAUCACAAACACACUCACAGCCCAAUCUUGAUGAUCUUCAAGAAUUGGAAAGAACCAUGACUAAAAAGACGGCCACACAUUUAAGAUAUCAGUUUGAAGAAGGAUUAACAGUUAUGUCAUGUAAGAUCUUUUUCACCGAACAUUUCGACGUUUUCAGAAAGAUUUGUGAUUGUCAAGAUAGCUUUAUUCAAAGUUUAUCAAGAUGUAUUAAAUGGGACUCCAACGGUGGUAAAAGUGGGAGUGGGUUUUUAAAAACUUUAGAUGAUAGAUUUAUCAUAAAGGAGCUGUCACACGCAGAGUUAGAAGCGUUUAUUAAGUUCGCGCCAAGUUAUUUUGAAUAUAUGGCACAAGCAAUGUUCCAUGAUUUACCAACAACUUUGGCUAAGGUGUUUGGAUUUUAUCAAAUUCAAGUGAAAAGUUCUAUAUCGAGCUCUAAAAGUUAUAAGAUGGACGUUAUCAUUAUGGAGAAUUUGUUUUACGAGAAGAAGACAACGAGAAUAUUUGAUUUGAAAGGUUCUAUGAGAAAUAGACAUGUCGAGCAAACGGGCAAAGCCAACGAAGUUUUAUUGGAUGAAAAUAUGGUGGAGUAUAUUUACGAAUCACCCAUCCAUGUCCGUGAAUAUGAUAAAAAGCUUCUGAGGGCCUCUGUCUGGAAUGACACUUUAUUCCUGGCCAAGAUGAAUGUCAUGGAUUACUCUUUAGUCAUUGGUAUUGACAAUGAAGGGUAUACUUUGACGGUGGGUAUCAUUGAUUUCAUAAGAACCUUUACGUGGGACAAAAAAUUAGAAAGUUGGGUCAAAGAAAAAGGCUUAGUUGGUGGAGCCAGUGUAAUCAAACAGCCUACGGUUGUAACACCUAGACAAUAUAAGAAACGUUUCAGGGAAGCAAUGGAAAGGUAUAUCCUAAUGGUUCCUGACCCAUGGUAUAGAGAAGGAAAUUGA